CUGUUUCUUCCAGUAUGACACAGUGUGUGCUGCGCGUUGCAUUGUGGGGGUAAAAAUAUAGCACAGAGAAGACAACGGGGACCACAAAGGAAUGAAAACAGUACCUCGGUAACUUUGAGGACCGAAUGGGAAUGUGAAUUUGUCAGAGCGGCAUUCAAACUGUGAGCUGGGGCGGCUGGCAACUGCCUCAGAGGAGCGGGGAAUGUGAGCGGGUGUAGCAGCGCAGCUGCAGCAGGGCGCACCGCUGUCUCCGACUGCUUUUUUACAGCUGAGCCACCAGCAUCCAGAGGCCCCGGCUGUUUUCCCAGGCCUCCCGCCCAAAGGUUGAGUUCCCGGUUAGCUGAUGGACCGGUGGUUUAGACCGUGGAGGAGCUUUCACCCUCGCCUUGACACAUUUCCUUUAUACAGUAAGGAGGACUCCACCAUGGGGGUGAAAACCUUCACCCACAGCUCAACCUCCCACAGCCAGGAGAUGCUUGACAAGCUGAAUGCUUUGCGCAAUGAGGGUCACCUCUGUGAUGUCACCAUCCGGGUCCAGGACAAGCUCUUCCUAGCACACAAGGUGGUCUUGGCAUGCUGCAGUGAAUUCUUCCGCUCCAAACUUAUUGGCCGGCCAGAAGACGAGGAAAAGUUUGUGUUGGACCUCCAUCACGUGACGAUUAGUGGCUUUGCUCCGCUUCUGGAAUAUGCCUACACCUCCACUCUUUCCAUUAGCACAGAGAACAUCAUCGACGUUCUGGCAGCAGCCAGCUACAUGCAGAUGUUUGCCGUGGCUAGCACAUGUUCCGAGUUCAUGAAGUCCAGCAUCCUGUGGAGCCCAACGAACAACAGCAGCAGCAGCAACAUGGCUGUGGAUAAGGCGCACGAAGCGGCACCUGAGAGUGCUUCGUCACACUGUGCCCUGACGCCGCUGGAUGGCAGUGUGUCCCCCGUGUCGUCCGACUGCAGCGUGAUGGAGAGGAAUGUUCCCAUCUGCCGGGAAUCCCGACGAAAACGGAAAAAUUUUGUCACAAUGACAUCGCCGGAAAGCCCACUCAAAUGCACUACACAGAUGGUCACCACCUCGCCUCAAAUCCCCAACCCGUCACCUUCGUUUUCGGAUGGCCCGGCCCAGGCGGUGGAGUCUUCCCUGGCCUUUCCCUGGACAUUCCCCUUCGGUAUCGACCGAAGGUUUCACUCGGACAAAUCUAAGCUGCCGGAGAGCCCCCGCUGUUUGGAGGCAGGUGCCCCCGGGACCUCGGAGGGCGUGGUUGCCCGCCGGCUCAGCGACUUCCUGACGUGUGAGAGCUCCAAGGUGGUGUCAUCGCCGGUGGCUACAGAGGAGGAGGACGUGAGGGUGAAAGUAGAGCGACUCAGUGACGAGGAGGUUCAGGAGGCAUCGUCCCAACCCGUCAGCGCCUCUCAGAGCUCUAUGAGCGACCAGCAGACGGUGCCGGGGAGCGAGCAGGUCCAGGAAGAGCUUCUUAUCAGUCCACAGUCCUCUUCUAUAGGAUCAAUGGAUGAAGGUGUGUCAGAAAGCCUGCCUUCCAUGCAGAGCACUUCUAACGCUGGAGGACACGCAGAUGAUGAUGAGAGGCUGGAAGGUAUUCAGUAUCCAUACCACCUCUAUAUAAGCCCAUCGGCUCGACCUGGCACCAAUGGCCCAGACCGGCCUUUUCAAUGCCCAACCUGUGGAGUCAGAUUCACACGCAUUCAAAACCUGAAACAGCAUAUGCUCAUACACUCCGGCAUUAAACCUUUCCAGUGUGAUCGCUGUGGGAAAAAGUUCACACGGGCCUACUCCCUAAAGAUGCAUCGGCUGAAGCACGAAGGUAAACGCUGUUUCCGGUGCCAGAUUUGUAGCGCCACAUUCACGUCCUUCGGUGAAUAUAAGCACCACAUGAGGGUCUCCCGACACAUAAUCCGCAAGCCGCGGAUUUAUGAGUGCAAAACAUGCGGCGCCAUGUUCACCAACUCUGGCAAUUUAAUUGUACACCUGAGGAGUCUGAACCAUGAGGCAUCCGAGCUAGCAAACUACUUCCAGAGCAGUGAUUUCCUCGUGCCCGACUACCUGAGCCAGGUACAGGAGGAGGAGGAGGCACUGGGAGUUCCAUAUGAGCUGGAGGAGUCCCAACAUCACCCAGUUUACCUGGGCAGCACCUCCAAUGUCGCCGCCACCACCACUGCCUCGUCCUCUUCCUCGGUCCAAAUGCCGGUCAUCUCCCAAGUCUCCUCUUCCACACAGAACUGUGAAAGUUCCUCCGGCUUACUUUCGCCAGAGCCCCUGGACCCCCUGGAAGCCCCAACCUCCAAUAAAACAGACGCCGAUGAAACGGCAGUCAUGACGGAGAACAAAAUGAGUGACGGUGUCAGGGGCAGUUCUCCAGAGGAGUUUGGAGAGGAGCAGCCUAAGGAGGUGGCUUCCAUUACCAUAGAGUGAUCCAAGUCUUCUUCCUGCCCCUGAUGUUGUAUUUUGCACUCAGGUUAUAUGGGAAUAUAAGUCAAAAUGAUCUGAAGACUGAAAGAACUCGGAGAUCCACAAUGCAGCCCUUAUCAUAUGGAACAAUGGAAACGCUACAGAGUUUUCAAAAGAUGCUGUUGAUUUGAUGGCAUCGUUUUACAUGCAAAAACCGCAGCACUUCUUCAGAUUUCACACUAGUUCAUUGGCUGGGGAAUCCAGAUCUCACAGCCUCCUUGCUCCCUGAAAGCCAGCAGUAUUUGAGCAGUUUUAACAAGCCUGUUUUUUUCCCAUAUGACUUGAAUGCAGCACCGUCUCAAGUCAGUGAAGUGUCAGCCACUUGGAGGUCUGUCAGUUCCAAGCCUUGCUCUACUUUUAGAAAGUGCCUGAGAGUUCACACUUUAGCAAAGUCACAUAGGAGAAAUGAAGUGACAAAUCAAGUCUUUGCAAACUGAGCUAAAAUAGUCCUUGUAUUACAUUUGUAAUAGUAAUGCUAGUUUGUAUGGGCAAAAACUGUGUUACUCAUUUGGUGCCGUUGCUAUUGGCAAAUAUUUCAUGUCAAUAUUAAUCUCUCCUGCAAUAGCUUGUACUGUACUUCUAUAUGAAUGCUGUGUAUGUUGAGUGUUGUUCUAUGAUGUGUAAGAUGUGUGUGUAUGUGCAUUUCUAUGACCAGUAUGAACACAGUGCAUUUCCUUUUUUAAAUGUUUCAUACUUGAACUGUACUGACAAAGUAUUCCCUAAAGUUAUCUGUGCAGUGGCAACACUUUCUUGACUGGCUCCACAGUUUGACUUGUCAGUGAACACUGUUGUGAAAUCCAACUCUGGUUCUACUCAAAAGCAAAAUUCUCUGUUUCCAGACCCCUUAAAUCCAGGGUCAAAGAAAAGAUGGACAGUUUAGGAUUACUUCAUAAAUAGGCAUGGUGUUAUGUGGGAUUCUCAUGGCGUAAAAAAAUUCCUGGUAUUUACAUGGAGAAUUAGAACCAAAUGUCUGGGAUCUGAUCAAAUUGGUUUUAUUGUGAAGGAAUGGCAACAACCCCUAUGACUUUUCAAAUAACAGAAUAUGGAUUAUUACAGCUAUAUUUUAUCUAUAACAUUCAUUCAGUGUCACAGUUUCAUUUUGAUCCAUUGAAAACCAUAGGAGCAGCACGAUGAACAUGUUAGCUAGCUCUUGCUAGCCUUUGUGGACUUAUUGAUCCCAGUAACUAGCUCAUACCUAUUUCCAGCUGCAGGUAUGUAUCACUAAGUUCACCCUAAAUAUGUAAUCACUUACUAUUUUACUCCAACUGAAGCUCAGCCACUUUUUUUGUCACUGUUGUUUGCAGUUGCUUGAUUAUCAGUCAGUACAUUGCUGAUGUCCGAGAUUGCAAUGUACCAACAUUAUGCAUAACAACAAUGUUACGCAUAAUGUUGUUAGCAUUGUUAUGCUAACAUAACAUUGUUGUUAUGUUAGCAUAACAACAAUGCUAACAAAUGCAUUAUUAUUGUAUUGCAUUUGAAUAAUGGUUCCUCUUAGGUAAAACAUGACAGGUUUUUUUGUUUGUUUAUUUUACUUCCAGCAGAGACAAAUAUGUUUUCAGUAGUUCAAUUUCACAGCUGCAAGUCUCUGUAGUGUUUGACGUUUUAUAUUUCUGCAUUCAUGGAUUUUUUUUUUCUCUCCAAAAUGAUCCACUUUCUGUGGGAUGAGUUAGUUAGGGGUUUGGGGAAGUUUUAACAAGUUAUCUAUUUAGUCAAACUAUAAGUACAUGUAGUUUUUAGGCUGUUAUUUUUGGUUUGGAUCAGGGCUCAAAAAUUAAUUUUUCAUAAGCUUAAACUGGUCCAAUGUGAAAACAUCAGAAAUUACUUUAUAUGUUAAUUUAUAAGUUAGAUUUGAAGAUUUCUAUGAUCAGAAAUUCCUUCAAAUCAUUGAAGACAGGUAACUAGCAAGACACAAGGAUAAACUAAUACACAAUGAUUGCAUUUGUAAGAAAAUGUUCAUUCAUGAGUGAGAAAUGAAUGUUGGUAGGGAUAAAAUGGCAUCAAUCAAUCAUUUUUGUCAUUGCAGCUGGACCAUCGUUAGGGUUUACUGUAAGCAAGUCCCAAGACUGAGAGAAAUAUUGUGGUGACAUUGCUUUAGCAAUAGAGAAGCACUGAGCAGAUUUAAGUCUUUCUUAUUUGAUUUGCAGUUUUUGUCAGAUUUCAACCCUCCGAAACAGAUUUUUCCUAUUUGUUUUUUUUUUUUUUUUUGUAAGAACAGCAUUUAGAAUCUUGUUUUACUACAAGUCCUGCUGUAAACAGCCAUGUUUUUAGUUUGUUUUACUUAGAAGAGCUGAUUUCUCUGUGAGAGAGAGCUGUCACUGUUUAGCUGUUUUAUUUUCAAACAAAGUGAUUAUUCAUUUUAAAAUGACUUUAGGAUCUUAUAUUAGCAAUUAGACUGGCUUGAGAAGUUAGAAUUGUUAAAAUAGAACGGACCCAACAUUGACUGAAAUUGUAAAAAGGGUUCAAAUAUUUCUGAAUUCAGUAUGUUCCAUAUAAUAUAGUUAGGAGUGCCAAAUUACAAUAUAUAAAUAACUUAUGAAAUAAUUAUUUAAAUCUGUCAUUAAUUUGAUAAAACUGGAAAUACAUGCCUGUAUAAUUAAAUAUGGGAUGAAUUAUAUGGGCCUCAAUUUAAUUGUAUUGAAGAUAUUUCUGCACUUUCCAGCAAAGAUAUUGACCUCACAGUUAUAUAGCUGGCAUAGAAGAAGGUCUUAAUUUGUUGCUUGAAGCAGCCAAUCAGACGUCAGGGUCUCCAAUGAAUUCAAAUGAAGUCUGUCUGUUUAUUAGGAUCCCAUUGCUGUAACAUGGCCAGUCUUUCUGGGGUCCACAUGAUAAAAAAAGUAUUUAUUACAAAAGCAGUUCUAUACAUU